AGAGGACGGGCGGCGUGCGGCCUGGGCCUGUCACAGAUGCGCUUCACAAGGACCUGCAGUGUCGUGCCCCGACUAGCACACAGGUUCAGUCUCACUGUACAGACUCGUACAAUAGCCUCCGUCAGCUACAAGGACCCCGUCAGCGCGACACGUGGCCUCAUCGAAUUACCUACUCUAUCAACCUCACGCUUCUUGCGAACGACAAAGGAAGAUGCACUAGCAACACCUGGCAUCAUCUUCCGUGAUGAUACAGAGGAUGCACGAGCGCGUAGAGUCGCGCCUGAUGGCUCAGAGAUCCUCGACGACGGCAUGCUUUCUUCGACCCUGACGACAGCCUCAACUUCAGAUGAGGGCCGUCAAGUGAAGAAGAUGAACCUCUUCCAGGCGGUCAGGGACGCGCAGAAUAUCAUGCUCAGCAAGGAUGAGACCUCGAUCAUACUGGGAGAGGACAUCGCUUUCGGCGGCGUGUUUCGUACUACGCAAGGACUCGCAGAGGACCACGGUACUGAUCGGGUCUUCAACACGCCAUUGACCGAGCAGGGCAUAGCUGGCUUUGCUGUCGGCCUCGCUGUGAUGGGUCAAACGACUGUUGCAGAGAUACAAUUUGCAGACUACAUCUUCCCUGCUUUCGAUCAGCUCGUCAAUGAAGCAGCAAAGUAUCGAUAUCGCUCCGGGAACGAGUUCAACGUUGGCAAGAUGACUAUCCGUGCUCCCUGCAUGGCGGUCGGUCAUGGCGCCUUGUACCACUCACAAUCGCCCGAAGCAUACUUUCAGCAAGCUUCGGGCUUGACGGUUGUCAUACCCCGCUCACCAAUACAAGCCAAAGGUCUCCUGCUCGCUUCUAUACGUGAUCCGAAUCCUAUCAUCUUUCUCGAACCAAAAGUGCUCUAUCGAGCGAGCGCAGAGCUCGUACCCACGGACGACUUUGAAUUGCCGCUCCGUCAGGCAGAGAUACUACAGGAGGGACAAGACCUUACCAUCGUCAGUUGGGGCACACCCCUAUACGAGAUCGAAAAGGCACUGCUCCUGCUCCAAGAGCCGGAGCGACUUGGCAAGGACUUGGCCGGUAAUGUACCUCGAAACACCAGGAACAUUUCCAUCGAGCUCAUCGACGCGCGUACUGUCAUGCCACUGGACUUUGAGACCAUCGUAGAGAGCGUCAACAAGACGGGCCGUCUCAUCAUCGUUCACGAAGCGCCUCGCACCGGCGGUAUAGCAGGCGAGAUCGCUGCAGAGAUACAACAGCGAUGCUUCUCGCGGCUCGAAGCUCCCAUCUUGCGACUCACCGGUUGGGACACGCCUUUUCCGCUCGCGUUCGAGAAGUAUUACCUGCCAGAUGCGAUUCGUAUCCUGGAUGGCAUCAUCCGUACGAUGACAUACUGAUCGUGAUUGAUCAGUCAGUCUGAUGUAUGUAGUGACGUGUUGUUGAAUCCAUGUGAGCAUUUGCGAAU